GCGCGGCCGGCCAGGUCCCCGAUCAGGUCCCAGUGCCCGGAGUCGCGGGGCGACGAGGUGUCCGCACCCAGCCAGAGAGCCGCAUGGAGCCGCGGGCGGCUGACGGCUGCUUCCUGGGCGACGUGGGUUUCUGGGUGGAGCGCACCCCAGUGCACGAGGCCGCCCAGCGGGGCGAGAGCCAACAGCUGCAGCGGCUGAUCGAGAGCGGCGCCUGCGUUAACCAGGUCACGGUGGACUCCAUCACACCCCUGCACGCCGCCAGUCUGCAGGGCCAGGCGCGGUGCGUGCAGCUGCUGCUGGCAGCUGGGGCCCAAGUGGACGCUCGCAACAUCGACGGCAGCACCCCCCUUUGCGAUGCCUGUGCCUCUGGCAGCAUCGAGUGUGUGAAGCUCUUGCUGUCCUACGGGGCAAAGGUCAACCCUCCCCUGUACACCGCGUCCCCGCUGCAUGAGGCAUGCAUGAGUGGGAGUUCCGAAUGUGUGAGGCUUCUUAUUGACGUCGGGGCCAAUCUGGAAGCACAUGAUUGCCAUUUUGGGACCCCCCUGCACGUUGCCUGUGCACGGGAGCACCUGGACUGUGUCAAAGUGCUUCUCAAUGCAGGAGCCAAUGUGAAUGCAGCAAAACUUCACGAGACAGCCCUUCACCAUGCGGCCAAGGUGAAGAAUGUGGACCUCAUUGAGAUGCUCAUUGAGUUCGGAGGCAACAUCUACGCUCGGGACAACCGUGGGAAGAAGCCUUCCGACUACACAUGGAGCAGCAGCGCCCCUGCCAAGUGCUUUGAGUACUACGAAAAGACGCCUCUGACCUUGUCACAACUCUGCAGGGUGAGCCUAAGGAAGGCCACCGGUGUUCGAGGACUGGAGAAAAUAGCCAAGUUGAACAUCCCGCCCAGGCUCAUCGAUUAUCUUUCCUACAACUGAGCUGCAGGAGUGUGGGCUGGGUGGGCGGGCCACUUGCCUGGCUGCUGCCCUUGUCGUGCCUGGUCUCAGGCUGGAGAGGUUUCCACCGGCCUGUCUGAAGCGCCAUGAUUGUUGUAGACUGAACAACGUUCUUUGAGUCCCUUUCAGCUGUCCUGCUUGGUCUUCUCUCUCAAGUCCUGGAGAAGAUUUCCAAAGCCUUGGAAAGGCCAGUGUCUCAGGUCAUAGUUGUAGGUGGGACCCUGUGCUGGUCCUCUGGAAUGGAUGCCGUCCCUCUGUGUGAGCCCAGGCGUCCAGUUUCCCUCUUCUUACCCACCUCUCUCAAAGGCUCUCUCAGGACAGAUGACUCCAAGAGCCCAGGCAGGGGAGGCCAGGCAAGGCUGGGGACUGGGGCACUGCUGUUGAUCUUCAUGUGUGUGGGUGGCACACCACAGAAGUUCCGAGUCCCAGGCACCUGGUCUUGGGGUUUGGGACGACCACUCUGAUGACAUCUUGCCACCUGGACGCUCUUUUGGGGGCAGCAGUUGGCACUAUCCAAGGCCUACCUGUGCCCAGGCGUAUCCACCACUCAGGGGCUUCAUACGGGUCGGUCAUAGUGGGGAAAGGCUCAAGCUUUGAAUUCCCCACAACUCGCAGUGUUUCUUAGGAAGUUCGUCUUCAGUGUUAGGUCUCGACUCUUUUAAGAAGUUCAUGCAGGAUGAAGAGCCUUUUUUUAGAAGAGUCAUACGCCACAACACUAAGGGUUUGUCAACGAGCCAUAAAAACAACAGGCAAAGGGAAGGCCCUUCAUGGCCAGUCUCAUGGCUGGUCAUUCCCAGCGUAAAGGGCUGUUAAGAGACUUUUUAGGGACUGUUUUUCAUCUGUUUCUACAGUUGCCAAAUGAGUUCUUCACCUACCCUGUCUCACCAACUCCUUGAAGCGGUAGACCGUGAGGAGAGGUUGGCACCUGAGGAAUAACUGGCACCCGAGGAGUGCUUGACACCCGAGGAGCACUAGUACCCAUUCACUCGCUCAUCUUGCAGACGCUCGUGCCACCUCGGUCAUCUGUAAGGCAUCUGGUCCAGGGCUUUGAACUGGGUAGGAAUGAGGCUUACCAGGCAAGGCAGAGAAAGAAAAUGUUUCACAGUCCCUCCUUAAGGUAAUAGGAACCAGUCCUUCUACUGCUUAGGCCACAAGGUGCAAUAGUAAGUAGCAUAUUCAGAUAACACUUGCCUGACUGACAUCCUGUAUCUUAAUUAAAAAGAAAAGAAAUAACAUGUUCAACAGGGAGUUAAACCAGGGGAUUUUGCAUAAUUAGAUGUAUUUAGUUUCUGGGGAAACAGGAGGCUCAUGUGGGCCAUGCCUGUUCCGAAGCCAGUGUACCCAAUGUGGGGGCAGGGUGGCCACCAGACGAUUCCACCAGGCGGGCCAGAGCCUCCCAUCCACAGUGUGGAACAGGAGACUGAGCUGACCAGCGCGAGGCCAGUGUUGCCAGUGCAUCAGUCCAUCUCCUUGCGUGGUUUCUUGGGUGGGGCCAUGUAGCUGGUGAGGAAUUUCAGGUCGGCCGCCAGGGGUGUUUUCCAUCUCCGAGGUUUUAGCCAUUGUUAUGCUGGGGCUUCGUCUUGUCCUGGGAAGUUGUUCCGAAUGCAUCAAUGUUUCUGCAUGUGAUAAUGACAAUAAUAAUUUUUAAAAAGCAUUGGGUUCUGUCUCUUUCAUCUCUAAUAGAAACUUCCCUCUAGCAAUGAAAUCUGGUAUCGUCUCCAGAUGGUAUAAAUCUUAAUAGAAUCAGGUGCCCAAAUGCCUAAAGCUCAAUAAAAGAGGUUGAACAAAG